UCUUCCUUAUUGAAGUAUUUUGUGCAUGUACUAAAAAUAUCUUGCCUCCAUUGACAUCAAGCCUAAAGUUUGGUUUCCGAUUUUUUAGACGAAUUAUAGAAAAAUUAUUAGUUCGUUAAAAUAAUAUAUGAAAACAGUAGAUAAAUACAUAUUUUUCGGUAUUACAUUCUCAUUUUAUUUUAGAAGAACGGUCGUAUUCAACCUACAAUUAUUUUCUUUUCCAUUUUUUUCAAUUUUGGGCAUUGUUUGAGUACCUUUUUAGUGGUCAGAAAUUUGAAGUUCAGCGCUUCUUAAAAUUCCACUGCGUAUGUAAAAUUAUGCAAGAGAACAUUCACAAAUCGAAUGUUGUGAAGGUGGCUUUGCAUUAUUAAUAAUAUUAGCUUUUCGUACUGAGAACAAUCCAAUACUCUUAUUCAGGCUUUAACCCAUAAACGUGCGGUAGAUUACUACAAGAAUAAUUUAUACGCAAUACACUAUUGCUUCACUCGUAAGUUUAACAAUCCUGAACAUUUUUGCAGAUCACAAUGGUGGCUCAUACUGUUCUUCUCGACUUCACUGUCUCUUCUAAUGUGAUAGCUGAUAUUGAUAAACGUUCCGGCUUGAAAUCGCUAAUUACACGUGUUCUGAGUGAUCAUUUCAACGGGCUCCAUGCUAUGACAGAGUCAACAAUCGGAGACAGCUUCUUCGUGCUUUACACUGGACCACGAGGCAGUCUUAUCACUGUCAGAGGAUAUGCGGAAGGCCUCGUCACAGUUAAUAUUGAAUACUACAAGGGAGAUAACGAAGAUGCCCUCAUGACCUUCAAGUCGGCCAGAGACUUGGAGACAACAAUGCAGGCAGCGGCAACAGCCACUCGAUCACAUGCGCUUGCCCCACUCAAACGCGGUGGCCCAUUUGAGAGAUACUUUCCUACCGCCGAUGAAAGACUCCUGGAGUAUGACAUCGAUAAGUUAGUAUUUGAGGCCAGAUCACCAUAUCAAAAAGUGGAAAUUGUUCAUUCAAAAUCACUGGGGAAUUUGCUGGUGUUAGAUGAACUGCAAAAUAUGUCCGAGGCCGAUCUUAUAUACACUGAAACGCUCAUGCAACGAGGAAAGGAAAAUUACAUGGGGAAGGAAAUUGUGAUCUUGGGUGGUGGCGAUGGUGGACUACUCUGGGAAUUGCUCAAAGAGAAGCCCAAAUAUGUCACGAUGCUUGAGAUUGACGACAUUGUGAUGAAAGCCUGCAGUGAACAUAUGAGAAGCAUUUGUGGCGAUUGUUUGGAUAAGAAGAAAGGCGAAAAUUACGAGAUAAUUGUUGGAGACUGCGUAAAUGCUCUUGCUCACAUGAUUGACGAGGGUCGCCAAUUCGAUUACGUCUUCGGAGACUUGACAGACAUCCCAAUCAGUACGACGCCCCACGGUGAUGCUUGGGAUUUUAUCCGACUGAUAUUAAACUCAUCAAUGAAGGUGCUAAAGCCAUCAGGAAAAUACAUGACUCACGGAAAUGGUGCCUCUUGCCCGGAAUCUCUGUCAAUGUUCGAGGAAGUACUUGCACAACUAUCAGUACCAGUGGCAUUCACCAAAGAUCGUGCGUUUGUGCCAUCGUUUUUCGAAGACUGGAUAUUCUACCAAGUUACCCGCAAAUGAUUGACUAGAAAUGGACCGCAUGAUGUUUCGAGGAACGCAUGGAUUUUAGCACAAAUUUUUUCGCCAUUAUUAUGACCCGUAGUGUAUCAUAGAUAUUAAAUAUAAACAAUUAAUAAAGAAAAGACUAUCUUUUAUCAUCA